AUGGGACAGCGUCGCGCCGAUUGGAGGGGGCGGGAUGGGACGCGGACACCCGGUAGCACGUGCUGUCCUGGGCGUUCCCACGGCCACUGGAGCACGCACGUGGAGGAGAGACGGGCCCAUACUCCUCCCCCCGGCCCCCACCUCACCCCGUCGACAAAUUUUUGUCAGUUUUCAAGACUUACGUGGCCGAGAGAGAUAUAG